GCAAUCAGAUAUGGAUCCACCGAGUCCAACCUGGAUAUACUCCAAUAAUGUGGCACUGCAGGAAGAAAUGCGCUGCCCCAAGGUUGCUGUGGUGGCCUUCUACGACACCAUGGGACGGCAGAUAUGGUUGGGGAACGCCAUGCUUCUCGCAAGCGCUGCACUGACAGGAGUCUUGGUGGGGAUAGGCAGCGGCUACGGCCGUCGCUACCGCCACCACCGCUUCACCCGCUUCAUCUUCCUUGGAGCCAACAUACUCUUCUUGCCCAUCAUCUCUUUUGUCGUCUCUACCCUUCGUGACAGCUCCAAUGACUAUGUCAACAAAGAGGAUGGAACAACCUUGGCGGCAUUGUGCAAUUCAGUGUUCCACCCAUGCAUGGUCAUAACAUGGGCAUUCCUUGUUCAGAUGGCAGCUACCAAUGCUACCUCAGUUGUUGCCACUGAAAGCAGAGAAGGUCCAAAAGUAGGCCCCCCUUGGGAGCUGCUUGUCAAGGGCAUCUGGACCUUCUACCUUGGUGCCAGCAUCACAAAUAAACGUUUUUUUCAUGGGCUGUUCAGGAUUUCUUCUAGUGAAAACCACAGAUCAUUCACCAUCAUCUGUUCCAAGAUUAUGUUUGCGCCUUUUGCUCUCAUCUGUGCCAAGAUUUGGUUCAAAUGCUACUCGUUUAGAAAAGCACGGAAAUCCUUUGCGCUAGGGCGUAACCCUUGUCUUGUUUUUGGGUACAUGAAGGAGCUACAACAAGUAAGAAGCCAGCAUGAUGGAACAUCAACUGUAGGUGAGGAUGCAUUAUUUUCUCCUCUCUUAGUUAUGGGAGAAGAUAGCAGGCAAGUGAAGAAGCAACCUUGGGGGUAUGUGUUCAGCGACAUAUGGACAAUGGCUAUUGACAGAAUUGGCUUGGUGACCCUUGAUAGAGUAUGGAAGUUGGACAGUGUGGCUCCCACAUCAAAAGACUUAUGCCUGUCCUUUGCAUUGUUCAAGUUGCUGAGAUGUCGAUUUGCAAGGUAUGAUAUCGCUAAUGCGGUUGGCUCCACGGGGCACAAGUUUUUCUGGAGCUUGCUAUUGAAGGAUGGUGAACAUAACAGGGUGUUUAGGGUGAUUGCUGAUGAGCUUUCAUUCGUUCAUGAUUACUACAAUUCAUCACUACCAACAUCCUAUGCUAAGUGUUGGCUACCUUUCUUGAGCAUCCUUAUCUCACUCUUGAGCGUAGGCUACUGCGUCGUGGCUGCAUACUUCAUUGUUGUGUUUGCAGGUCAGGUGCACAAGUAUGGCCGCAGUCAGAUCCACUGUGACUUCUGGUGCAGUAAACUACAGGCGGUGAGCCAGUUGCACAAUAAAAAUUUUGGGAACUUGUACUUUGAUGUGUUGCCAGAAUUUCUGCUUCUAAUUUUGGUCCUGGUCGCUGAGGUGAGGGAUAUUACUUCCUACAUUUCCUCCAAUUGGACCAAAGUAGCCCUCAUAUGCCACCAUGUAAAAUGUGCAUCUUUGCAACAUCAGCAAACAAGAUAUCAAUGGUUUGGUCCUCUCUUGCGGUGCAGAUGCAAGUUAGUGAAUAAUUGGGAUGAGAAAAUAGGGCAGUGCUCAGUAUUAGUGCUUCACCCAACUACAAGAACAAACUUUAUUGGUCUUCUUAGUCGUGUACUCCAUCAUUUGCCAGAUGAGAAGAUGAAGGUCAAUAUGCCAGAAGCAGUGAAGGCUUGCAUCAUGGAUUCGCUAAGAAGCACCGCUAGCAACAGUACUCUAGGUCAAGUAGGGAAUGUCCGAACAUUUCUGCAGCGAAGUGGUCAAGCUGGAACAGGUUUCCUCUGGGCAUGCAAUGGCAAGAUGAGUACAUCUGAUAUGAUACUUACAUGGCACAUCGCCACAAGCAUCUUUGAGGUGAGGCACCCUUACUGGGAUGAUAUAGAGCAAGGUUCUUCCCCGGUUUCAAUCCAGCAUAAGAGCGCUGCCACUCAUCUGUCACGGUAUUGCGCAUAUCUUAUGACCUGGUCCCCGGAGCUUCUUCCUGACGAGGUUGCAUGGACCAAGAGCUUGUAUGAGGCUGUCAAGGAGGAUACUGAGCAUGUCCUCAAUGUCCGUGCUGUGACCGGGCCACCGUUGAUGCCUGAGGCUGAGUACAAUGAUUUGGUGCAAUUGCUAAGAGAAAAGUCCAAUCAUUUAGUGGUGAAGAAUGGUGUGAGGCUCGGAAAACAAUUGGUGGAGUUGGGUGAGGGUGAGGAAACAGCAUGGGCAAUCCUAGCAGGUUUCUGGGCGGAGAUGAUCCUGUACGUCGCGCCGUCGAACAAUCUAAAAGGGCACAAGAAGGCCAUUGCCCGCGGUGGAGAACUGAUCACUCUCCUCUGGGCACUGCUCUUCCAUGCCGGAAUAGUUAGUAGGCCAGGUGAAGCUGCCAGCGCUGCUGGUAGUGCCGUUGGUGUUUAGUGUGCAGUUGCGAGAGUUGCAAUGUGUUUACCAAUUAAUCAUGCUUAGUUGGUCUUGUCAAUA